AUGUCGAUCUCAAAAAAACAAUCAACUAUUACGCCGUGUGUCUUCAAGGGAAUCCCAUUUGCUGCACUCCCUGGAAGGUUUGAGAAGCCUAAACCUCACCCUGGCUGGGAUGGUGUUCUGAAGGCGACAGAAUUCAGAAAGAGGUGUUUGCAGCCAAACUUGCUCCAGACUGACACGUAUGGUAGCGAGGACUGCCUCUAUCUUAAUAUCUGGGUCCCUCAGGGCUCACAAGCUGUCUUACACCUGCCUCUUCUCAUUUACAUGUGCAGUAUCAUGUGGACAAUUAAUUAUUUGGACAAUUACUUGUACAAUGGUGAGGAGAUUGCUGACAGGGGCAAUGUGAUUGUGGUGUCUUCAAAUUAUCACCUUAGCCCUCUUGGAUUCCUUAGUACAAGGGACUUACAAAAACCAGGAAACUACGGACUCUGGGAUCAGCAUGCAGCUAUUGCUUGGGUGCACAGGAACAUUGCUGCCUUUGGUGGAGAUCCUAACAACAUCACUGUCUUUGGAGUGUCUGCUGGAGGAGCCAGUGUCAACUUCCAGAUAAUUUCCCCCAAAAACAAAGGCUUGAUCCGGAGAGCUAUCUCACAGAGCGGCUCUGUUUUCUGCCCCUGGGCCAUGAAUACAAAUCCAAAAGCACUUACUAUGAAGCCCUUAUUAAGCUCCUCCUCCCUCAUCCUGGCAGCCAAAGUGAACAUGAUCGGCACUGCUUCAAUUGAGUACAAUUCUCCAGUGACUGUAGUGUGUACAGUUGUAUUCAGUGGUGGCCUUGACUACAACACUGAUACAGAGGGAUGGGCUAAUUACCCUACUUGGGAUGACAUCAAGAGGACAAUUGUGGACAUAGAGACAGAUUACAUCUUUUUAGUGCCAGCCCAGACUUCUUUGCACCUCCAUGCAAAAAAUGCCAGGACUGCUCACGCCUAUUCAUACAAGUUUUCCGUGUCCACUCUUAUAGCAACAUACCCAUUCUGGGUGACCACUGAUCAUGCUGAGGGUCUACAGUAUGUAUUCGGAAAGCCUUUUAGCUCUCCUUUGACUUAUUUCCCGCAACAUCGAGAUGUGUCUGGAUACCUGAUUUCCUACUGGACCAACUUUGCAAAGACCGGGGAUCCCAACAAAGGGGGGUCAACUGUCCCUGUAACCUGGCCCACCUACACCACCUCUGGCCUCAAAUAUCUGGAGAUCAACAGCAGAAUGAGCAGCAGCUCUGUCAAGCAGAGACUGAGGACUCAUUAUGUCCAAUACUGGACCACCAACUACUCCCGCUUCCCCUGAAGAGGGCUCUGAUGGAUGAG